GUGAAGCGGUCCGCCCACAGUUCCCCGAAGCGAGGUUGCUUCGGUGACUCAAGCCUUGUGAUCUGACACAGCAACUCAAGGAAGCAGAAGUUCUACGGUUCAGUUUUAGCCAAGACGUCGGAGGGACAGGCUAGUCUAGAGCCUUGCCAAGACAAGAGAAGAUGAGGGGAGGAGCGGGAGUUUUGCAGGCGGCAAUUUUGCUGGUCGCGGUCGCCUGUGUUGUGCAUGCAACUACAACACCAACAACAACAACUGCAGAUGUCAAUGUUACCAUGGCAACCACCAGCCAAUCAGCAGUCAGGAGUACUGCAGGUACCCCCCAGCCUCCCUCUGAUACUGGAGGAACAGGGGUAAAAAUCAACUUUGAGACAUACCAUGAGGUGGAGUAUGCAGGUUACGAUGGGUGGUACAACAACCGCGCUCACCCGGAGUGGGGCAUCGCAGACAGUCCGCUGACACGCCGUCUGCCAUCCCACUACCAGGACGGGACGUACGAGCCAUCUGGCUGGGACCGCCCAAACCCCCGCACACUGAGCGAGCUCACCAUGAAGGGACUGACGGGGAUGGGGUCCUUCCGCAACAGGAGCGCUCUGCUCACCUUCUUCGGACAACAAGUUGUGGAGGAGAUUCUUGACGCUCAGCGCCCGGGCUGCCCGCGGGAAUAUUUCAACAUCAAGAUUCCGACGGGCGAUCCAGAAUACGACCCAGACGGAAGGGGCGGGCGAGAAAUCCCGCUCCUGCGAUCUCGCUACGACAUGCGGAUCACCGGAUUCUCACCCAACUUUCCCCGACAACAGUUAAACGAGAUCACGGCGUUCCUGGACGGAGGACUGAUGUACGGGGUGACCAAGGCCUGGGCGGACGCACUCAGGUUGCUGAGUAGUGACAAACGGGGAAGGCUGGCGUCCUGUACAGACCAGGGUAUCCCCGGGUGUGUGAAUGACCUAUACCCAGCCUACAACACCAUCGGCCUCCCCAUGGCUAACCCACCUCCACCCAGGGACCACUACCUCAAGUCAAGCCGCAGGUUCUUCAAGCUUGGGAAUCCUCGCGGGAACGAGAACGCCUUCCUGCUGACGUUCGGCGUGCUCUGGUACCGCUGGCAUAAUUACCUCGCCGAGCAGAUUGCUGACAACCAACCUGAUUGGUCGGACGAGAGAGUUUUCAACGAGGCGCGCAAGUGGGUCAUCGCCACACAUCAGAAAAUUGUCCUGUAUGACUGGCUUCCAGAUUUCUUGGGGGAAGCUCGCAGGCCUGCCGAAUACAAAGGUUACAGCUCGGCCAUCCAUCCUGGCGUCACACACGUGUUCCAGUCUGCCGCCAUGAGGUGGGGCCAUACCAUUGUGCCCCCGGGGGUGUACAGGCGCAGCAGAGUGAAGGGAGACGGGACAUGUGACUGGCGUAAGACCUCCAUGUUCACCAGCCCGCACACCAACGGAUACUACUUCCACGGCGUGCGCACAUGUAACUCCUACUGGAACUCUGUGGACCCACAUGAGGAAGGUUUUAAGGCUGAAGGCGUGGAGCCAUUUGACGGGGUGGAGGAGUUUCUACUGGGUCUGUCGUCUCAAGUCACCGAGCGCGAGGACAACAUCAUCACUGAAGAUCUGAGAGGGCGCGUGUUUGGUCCAUUGGAGUUUUCCCGGCGCGACCUGAUGGCGAUCAACAUCCAGCGGGGCCGGGACCACGGCCUGCCGGACUACAACACGGCACGCGUGGAGUACGGCCUGCCGAGGCGGGAGGACUUUGCUGACGUCAACCCCUGGCUCUUCAAUGCCAGUAACGUUGCACACGGACCUGAGCUCCUGGCUAACAUCACGACGUUUGCAGCAGCGAACAACUGGACCACGGACAAGUGCGACAUCUGGGUCUGCGGCCUGCUGGAGACGACCGAGGCGGGACCGGGGGAACUGUUUGGCGCCGUCAUCAAGGACCAGUUUGAACGGAUCCGAGACGGCGACCGCUUCUGGUACGAGAACGACAAAAAUGGACUGUUCACCAAAGGAGAGAUCGAACAGAUCAACAACAUCACCCUGUUUGACAUCAUCAAGAGUGUCACCAACAUCACUGACGCAGACAUGCAGUCAAACCCCUUCACUCAGUCUCCCUGCUUCCAGCCCAAACAGCUGAGUGAGUUUGACAUGGAGCCGUGCACCCCUGACUAUGUCAACAAGACGGUGGACUUCAAGAGACAGACGUUUGACUACUUCACGGGCAGCGCGGCCUCGUACAUCCUCACCUUCUUUGCCCUGGGAUUGUUUGUCGUUGGUUGCAUUGCUGUGCUGGUAUACAUGGCGAGGGACAGGCAGAAGAGAGAAGCGAUAGAAAAAAACAAGCGUAGAAAGACGACGGCUGCCAAACACAGCAGGGAUGGAGCUACGAUUAUACUUGCUACGGAGUACGUAGGGAAGAAGGAAGGUGAGCGCAGCGUUCAGGUCAAGCUGGGAACAGGGAAGGAGAUCAAGGUUCUGAACGAUCGCGGGAAGCUGCUGAGAACGAUUGACCUGCGAAACCACAACCAGCUGGUCCUGUACGUGGAGGCUGACCGACACCGUACGCAGAUGGCCAUCCACGUGCCCAAGGAGUACGAUCUGGUUCUGAACUUCGAGUACACAGAAGACCGAGACAACGCGCUGAUGCAGGUGGAGGACUUCCUGGGGACGGUGGAGGUGGGUCGGCGGCGCCAGGAGAUGAAGAGUAAAGACCUGAUGAACGCCAUCGUCACCAAGGCUGACAGACAGAAGCAGCUGGAGAAAUUCUUCCGCAUCAUCUUUGCUCAGGCCUUCAAGGAGGAGAAGGCACGUGAGGACAUCAGUUCCUUCGACUCCCGAGAUGCGAAGGACGUCCUGACCUGCGAGCUGACCCGCGCAGAGUUCGCCGAGAGCCUGUCCAUGAAGCCGGAGUCUCUGUUCGUGGAGCAGAUGUUCAACCUGGUGGACAAGGACGGCAGCGGAUACAUCAACUUCAGAGAGUUCCUGGAUGUCAUCAUCAUCUUUGCUAAAGGUAACCCUGAUGAGAAGGCCAAGCUGAUGUUUGACAUGUAUGAUGUGGAUGGAGACGGCAAACUCAGCAGGGAGGAGUUCAAGACUAUGCUCAAGUCGAUGAUGGACAUGGUAAACACGGAGGUGGAGCAGGAACAGAUGGACAUGCUGGUGGACUCCAUGAUGGAGCAGGGCGGCGUCCGCGACCGAGAACAGAUGACUCAGCAGGACUUCAUCAACAUCCUGGGAGAACACAAGCAGGCCCUCAGCAAUGCAGCACUCAACCUGGGAGCUAACGUUCUGUCACCGGGAGAUGCAGCUCGCCACCAGCAGACCGUGCUGAAACGGGAGAACGCACCACUCCGCGCCCGCAAGACCAUCAUCCGAGCUUACCAAGGACCUGAAGAACGCAAUGGAGCGAGCAACCGACCAUCCAAGAGGAUCGGGGAGGGUUUGAAGGUGGACACCCUCAAGGAGAAGAAGUACACCUCCAACCCCGUGCUGAAGAAGUUCAACGCUUUCAAGCGCUACAUCCAGAACUACCGCCUGCACAUCUUCUGGCUCACCCUCUACACACUGGUCACCAUCGGCAUCUUUGCUGAGAGGGCGUACUACUACUCUGUAGAGCGUGAACACGCCGGACUUCGGCGCAUCGCGGGCUACGGCGUGACGGUGACCCGCGGCGCUGCCAGCGGCAUGAUGUGGGCGUACUCCAUCAUCCUGGUCACCAUGUGCCGCAACACCAUCACCCACAUGCGCGAGACCUUCCUGCACCUCUACAUCCCCUUCGACUCCGCCAUCGCCCUGCACAAGAUCAUCGCCAUGACGGCCCUGUUCUUCACAGUCAUGCACUGCAUCGGUCAUGCCAUCAACUUCUACCACAUCGCCACCCAGACCGCUGACGAUCUCACCUGCCUCUUCAGGGACUACUUCCACUACUCCAACGAGCUUCCCAAGUUCCACUACUGGUGUUUUGCAACAACAACUGGCAUGACCGGAAUACUGCUUGUGCUGGUCAUCGCUGUCAUGUACGUGUUUGCGACGCAGUACGCCCGGCGUUACGUGUUCAAGGCCUUCUGGUUCACCCACAACCUGUACCCAAUCAUGUACAUCCUCACAGUGCUGCAUGGGUCUGGAAAUCUUGUGCAGGAACCGUUCUUCUACUACUUCUUCCUGGGUCCAUGUAUUCUCUUCACCCUGGACAAACUGGUGUCCAUCAGUCGCAAGAAGGUGGAGAUUCCUGUAGUCAAGGUGGAGCACCUCCCAUCCAAUGUGACAAUGCUGAAGUUCAAGCGUCCCACCAACUUUGACUACAAGUCCGGACAGUGGGUGCGUAUCGCCUCGGCCGCCCUGGGGAAUAACGAGUACCACCCCUUCACACUGACGUCCGCGCCGCACGAGGACACGCUCAGCCUCCACAUCCGCUCCGUCGGACCCUGGACCAACAACCUCAGGAAGACGUACGACCCCACCAAGCUGCAGCCAGAUUUCGGCUAUCCCAAGGUGUUUGUUGACGGUCCCUAUGGAGAGGGUCACCAGGACUGGUACAAGUACCCGGUGGCCGUGCUGAUCGGCGGCGGGAUCGGAGUCACGCCAUUCGCCGCCAUCCUGAAGGACAUUGUGCAGAAGUCUGGACAGGGAGCCAAGUUCAACUGCAAGAAGGUGUACUUCCUGUGGGUGACUCGGACCCAGAAGCAGUUUGAAUGGCUGACUGACAUCAUCCGGGAGGUGGAGGAGAAGGACAAGAACGACCUGGUCAGCGUGCACAUCUUCAUCACACAGUUCUACCAGAAGUUUGACCUCAGGACAACCAUGCUGUACAUCUGUGAGCGCCACUUCCAGCGAAUCUCCGGGCGGAGUCUGUUCACCGGCCUGAACUCCAUCACCCACUUCGGCCGCCCCAACUUCGAGUCCUUCUUCGACACCCUCCAAGACGAGCACCCUGAGGUGAACACGUUCGGAGUGUUCAGCUGUGGCCCACCUCCCAUGACCUACACUGCAGACAAGGCCUGCUCCGAGAUGAACAAAUUCGACGGAGCGUCCUUCAUCCACCACUUCGAGAACUUCUAAAAAGUUUCUUAAAGUGUUAGUACAACAUAUACAUGUUGUAAGAUGAAGUUGUUAGAAUAAGAAUGAAUGUACAUGUAGUGUGUCCAUUCUUUUUUAAAGUAAAGGUAAACUUCCACUAUAAGAAUUUUAAAACCAAAGGCAGCAAUGACUUAAGAACAUACGUUUAUGUAUUCCUGCCCAAUCAUUUAUCGACCACUUCAAAGUAUUGUUGAAGUGAGAAUUAAUUAAUUAAUUAAGUACGUUAAAUCUUUUUUAAAGAUAGGAUAAAAUUUUACCCUCUGUAAAAUAUUCAACAACUUGAAGGUAAGUAAUAGAAUCAUAUUAUCAAAUUUGAGGUGUUCAACAAUAAUGGUGUUGGUAAGAUGAGUUUAUAAGAUGUGAUGAUUUGGGCUUCUUAUGACAAUUUAAGCAUUAUAAAAAUAAUUGAUAUGUGUUGUGUAUAUAUUUGUCAUUAAUGAAUUUCAUAGCUUAUUAGCCGAGAUGCAUUUUUAUGAGACACAUACUUUUGUUACUUUUGUAUGAGGGACUUUGUGGAAAAUUGUGCCAGUAAUCUUGACAAAGCUUAUGGUGCACGACAGAGUGAUAGAUCAUGAAAGUUCAUCUGUGUCGGUAGUAAUCAUUAUACAGUAGUAAACGUUGAACUUUAUUCCAACACAAAGUUACACAGAGAUCAAAUUUUCAAUGAUCACUGUCACCUUCAUUAGCAUACUAAGUAAUGAAUGGCCAGUCACUUCAAAACGUAAUCGGACCCACGAGAGUUACGGUUACAGACACAUGACAUUAUUUACAAGAGACUUUUAAUUACUGAUUCGUAAGCAGUUGAUCAAAAGUGCCCCUGGCAUAAAGUUCAACAUUUUACUAAGAAUGAUAGAUGUUAACAUCAGUUGGACAGACAGGAAUCUAUUGGAUAGACAAACAGGAAUAUAUUAGAUGUUAACUACUUUUAAUGGUUCGUGUUGAUACAAAAAUGCUUGUAAACUGUUGCAAAAUGUACUGCUUUAAUGUUUUUAAUUUUUUUCUCAUUCAUUGUUGCUACAAUGUAUACUGUGCUUGCAAGGUAUAAUAUAAGGGACAAACCAUUAAUGAAGGGGGGUUGAAUAGUUGAAGAUGUUUAUAAACCUAAUCUGAGAUUUGAAAUGGCUGCAGACAAUCAUAUUAACAGCAGUGUUAACAGUUAGAUGCUACAAGAAAAACAUGGGUGAUGUCACAAUUAUAUCCUGAAAAUCAAAGAAAUCUAUCAAACCCAUCAUGACUUUUACAUAUAGCUGCCAAGACAUAGCCUCUAUAGUCUUGGCUAGCCUCUACCAGGCUUCAGGAGGCGGCUGGAAAGAGUAAAAAUCGGCCAAGUUGAGACUGAGAUAGUCAGGGGAAUUGGUCUGCAGGAGAGAACAGUUUGCCGAACACCCGGGUGCUAUCUCACUAUUUGGCGAAUUCUACUCUUGCCAGCCGCCUACCGAAGCCUGGUAGAGGCUAGCCAAGACACAAACACUGAAAACACCUCCUCCCUUCUCCUUCCCAAAGGU